AACCCAAAAUCUCUUCCUCUCUCUCCCACUCUCUCUCUCUCUCUCUUUAUCUAUAUAUUUUUAUCUCAAUCUAUCUGAAACCCUACGGUUAGAUUCACCAGUCAACAACCAAUAGACCAGUGCUGUGCUUGCUUCGUCCCUUUCUUCUUCUCACGCUUUCCGUUGAUUGCUUCUUAAACGAUGUCGUAUCGCCCAACCGGCAACGCGAGGACCGAGGUCCGUCGGAACCGAUACAAGGUGGCGGUGGAUGCGGAAGAAGGUCGGAGACGGCGGGAGGACACCAUGGUGGAGAUCCGCAAGAACCGUAGAGAAGAGAGUUUGCAGAAGAAGAGGCGCGAGGGCCUCCAACCUCAGCAGAUGCCUGCAUCUCUUCACUCUACUGUGGUAGAGAAGAAGUUGGAACACCUACCAUCCAUGGUUGCAGGUGUUUGGAGUGAUGAUAAUAACCUGCAGCUCGAGGCAACAACUCAGUUUCGGAAGUUGCUUUCGAUUGAACGUUGUCCACCGAUUGAGGAGGUUAUACAGGCUGGUGUAGUUUCUCGCUUUGUUGAAUUUCUGAUGAGGGAAGACUUUCCGCAGUUGCAGUUUGAGGCAGCUUGGGCUUUGACAAAUAUAGCUUCUGGAACAUCUGAAAACACCAAGGUGGUGAUUGAUCACGGUGCUGUACCAAUUUUCGUAAAGCUUCUUGCUUCUCUUAGUGAUGAUGUCCGUGAACAGGCAGUAUGGGCAUUAGGAAAUGUUGCUGGGGAUUCUCCCAAAUGCCGUGAUCUUGUUCUCAGUCAUGGGGCUUUGCUUCCUCUGUUGGCACAAUUGAAUGAACAUGCCAAGCUUUCUAUGCUUAGAAAUGCUACCUGGACACUUUCAAACUUCUGCAGGGGCAAGCCACAACCUCCUUUUGAUCAGGUUAAACCUGCACUUCCUGCUCUUGCCCGUCUUAUUCAUUCAAAUGAUGAAGAGGUUUUGACUGAUGCCUGUUGGGCACUUUCAUAUCUUUCCGAUGGUACAAAUGAUAAAAUUCAAGCAGUGAUUGAAGCUGAUGUUUGUCCCAGACUUGUUGAGCUUCUACUGCAUUCAUCCCCUUCAGUGCUAAUUCCUGCUCUUCGUACAGUUGGAAAUAUCGUUACUGGAGAUGAUAUGCAAACUCAGGUUAUCAUCAACCACCAGGCUCUUCCUUGCCUUCUAAAUCUGUUGAGUAAUAAUUAUAAAAAAAGCAUCAAGAAGGAAGCUUGUUGGACUAUAUCAAACAUUACAGCUGGGAAUAAACAGCAGAUUCAGGCUGUGAUUGAGGCUAAUAUAAUUGGUCCUUUGGUCAAUCUGCUUCAAAAUGCUGAGUUUGAUAUCAAGAAAGAGGCUGCUUGGGCUAUCUCAAAUGCUACAUCUGGUGGAUCUCAUGAACAAAUCAAGUACCUAGUAAGUCAAGGGUGUAUUAAGCCCUUGUGUGAUCUUCUUAUCUGUCCUGAUCCUAGGAUAGUGACAGUUUGUUUGGAAGGCCUUGAAAACAUCUUGAAGGUAGGAGAAGCUGAUAAAAAUAUGGGCAAUACUGGUGACGUGAAUCUAUAUGCCCAAAUGAUUGAUGAUGCUGAGGGGUUGGAGAAAAUUGAGAACCUCCAGAGUCACGACAACACAGAAAUUUAUGAAAAGGCGGUGAAGAUUCUUGAGACAUACUGGUUGGAGGAAGAAGAUGAGACUAUGCCUCCAGGAGAUGGUUCUCAAUCGGGGUUCAACUUUGGUGGCACUGAGGUUCCUGCUUUGCCUUCCGGUGGAUUCAACUUUAAUUAAGGAGUUUUGGCUGGUCUUUCAGUAAAGUCCUCCAGUAUGAUGGGACAACAGUUGGGUAUCAAGUCAAUGUCUUGUAUUGUCCUUGGGUCCUUCAAUAUCCAGCAUUGGUAAAUAGAGGGUUGCUGGGCUGGCUUGGGCUUUUGCCAAUGCCUGGUUUUUCAUAUCUCAUGGUGACAGAUGCGUUGUUGCUCGAUUUUUUUGCCACUGUAGAGAAUACUAGAGUUCUCUUUCUGCCAAGUGAUCAUUGCAUAGAACUAGUGUUCAGUCUCGUGAUUUUUCCUUUGCUAUAUGUUAUAUAAAUCGGAGUCCGUAAGUUCCAGUUUACGAUUGCGGGUUUUUUUGGCAAAUGCCAAAUGCUACUGUCCGCCCUUCGUUAUAGUUACCAAGGAAUGAAAGACAUUUUCAUUUACCCCUUCCCCUGCAAGGUUUUUUUGUCGAUGACGUUUACCCUGAAGCUAAAUUCAUUGUUAUGUAGGUCCUGGUACAUUUUGUAGUACUAUUAAGUUUGGUUUGGGAGUGUGUCUUCAGCAGAAAAUAGUGUGCUGCAAUUAUUAUGUAUUCUCAAACAUUAUAUAUAGUUGCACACUUGCAUUUUGGGCGCUUACUUCAAUGCUAUUCUAGCUCUGU